AUGGUUUUUUCUUCCGGCCGAAUAUCACGAGUAAACGCCGAAGCAUGUUUACUGGUUUUUGUCACUGCACCAGCUGAAUCCGAAUUAGUUCUCUCCGUUGGUAAAUUGGUUUUGCAAGGCCUCAAACGACGCCCACCUGUACCUCCCUCAGGUAAAGCCUUGCUCGACGCUGCCGAGGAAGCCUCGUGCACAGCUAACUGGGGUCAGGCCCUUGUGUCAUUCUUGCUCUUUGCUUGUGUUUUUUCGUCACCGCACGGCUUUAGGGCCGUUCCUAACCGGGAUCGUGAACCCAAACUUGGUCUGUGA